CUCUUUUAUUUCCGGUAAUUUUGUACCGCAGCUAAGACUUAUUUCCAGAAUGGGCAAGAAAGUAAGCCCUGUCAAAGAUUUUAUAGCUGGUGGAGUGGGUGGAGUAUGUCUCGUUUUUACUGGACAACCACUGGAUACCAUAAAGGUGCGACUUCAAACCAUGCCGAAACCAAAACCUGGACAAGCACCGCUUUAUAAAGGCACUAUAGACUGUGCUACAAUUACAAUAAAGAAAGAGGGUAUCAAAGGAUUGUACAAAGGAAUGGCAGCUCCAUUAGCUGGAGUUUCACCUAUGUUUGCUGUUUGUUUCUUAGGUUUUGGAAUUGGUAAAAAACUUCAACAAAAGCACCCAACAGAUGACCUUACAUAUCCACAGCUAUUUAAAGCUGGUAUGUUAUCAGGGGUAUUUACCACAGCUAUUAUGGCACCUGGAGAAAGAAUUAAAUGUUUAUUACAGAUUCAAGCAGAUUCCCAUCGCAAGUUAUAUGAUGGUCCAUUGGACUGUGCUAAGAAGCUUUAUAAGGAAGGUGGUAUCAGAAGCGUUUACAGAGGCACUGGUGCCACGUUACUCAGAGAUGUACCUGCCAGUGGAAUGUACUUUAUGACUUAUGAAUGGUUACAACAUACAUUAACUCCUGCAGGACAUGAUCGAACAGAUUUGAGCGUUGGUAGAACUUUAUUUGCUGGUGGUAUGGCUGGAAUAUUUAACUGGGCUGUAGCUCUUCCUCAGGAUGUCUUAAAAUCAAGAUACCAAACAGCUCCUCAUGGUAAAUAUCCAAAUGGGAUUAGAGAUGUAUUUAAACAGCUGAUGAAAGAAGAAGGAUUUUUAUCUCUAUAUCGAGGUGCAGCACCAGUAUUUCUAAGGGCUUUUCCAGCAAAUGCUGCUUGUUUCUUUGGAUAUGAGUUGACAAUGAAGUUCUUGUAUUGGUUAUCACCUGGAGUUUGAUGAUGAUAUUGUUAUAGGAUGUACUGGUUAUCAUCUGGAGUUUGAUAACAAUAUUAUGAUAAGAUGUUCUGGUAGUAAUUUAUUUCUCAGAAACACUAAUUUUUGUUGUGAGAUGAAAAUCAGUGCUCAUUUAUACUUUUAUAAAGAGUAUAUUUUGAGUUUGUAUAAACAUGAUUUCAAUCUAAUUAUCUGUAUACUUAUUUAUAUUAAAUGAAUAUGAUUGUUGAAAUGAAAUAAUAAUAAAAAUGUAGGACCAUUUUGGAUACCAGUGGAAGGGUGAAUUAUGGAUUCCUAUUUUCUUCCUUUAAGUUGCAACUGUUAUCUCAUCAGCAAUGUGUUUCUAAUGUGUUCACAGAAAAUGUAUUUAAAUUUCAACAUGUUAUUAAUGUGUUCACAAAAAAUGUAUUCAAAUUUCAACAACAAAUCUAUGCAAAUUGUAAGCUAUGAAAAUAUUGAAAGAUUGCCUUCUUGGCGAUACUUAAAAAGUAUUUAUGAAAAUUAGUGAUAACCAUGCAUGCAAAAUUAUUUAUUUAACACUAUGAUUUUAAAAGGAAAGAAAUCAGUGUUGCCUUCAUAAGACCUAUCAUAUUCUAGUAUGUCUAUAGACUAUAGAAAGUACACAUUUCCACUCUGUAAUAAAUGUUAAUGGGUCUAUUUACACAGUAAGUAUCACAAAUAUUUUUUUUACAAAAAUAAAUAUAUACAUGUACAUCAAAA